AUGUCCAAACGUACUUUGUCUCCUUCUUCGUCUUCUUGUCGCACUCAGGCCUCUACCUUGGCAAUCUUACCCGACGUCGACCCCGAACUUCUCAUGCGCCAAACGAAAAGAAUGAGAAUCACUUUUCAAGCUACGGGUUUUGCCCAGACUGCCACGGCUGACGCUUCUCGAAGGGCUCUCGAGAAUAUUAAGGAUCGAUAUCAAUCUGGCCCUUCUCGCACUCAAGCUUCCCCGUCGCCUCUAGAUCCGGCAAUCUUCGAUCAAUUCGUAGAUUUUGAAGGUGGUGCCGAGACUGCCGCUGGUAAGAACCCGUCUCCUGCCAAGUCUGUCGAAUCCGAACAUGGUACCAUCAUCCCGAACCGAAACUCUCCCGGUAAGCAACCCACUGGUCCUCCUUCUGAGGCUUCCGACGAACUUGUGGAGGUUCCCGACGAGCUUGGUGACAUCUUUCACGCCCCUCGCAAGGUUCCCGUCAACCAGGAACUGGUUAAGUUGCUAGAGGAUCGAAAAGACUCCGAGAUCGCUACCCUUUGGUCCAGCAUGACCUUCUCAUCUGUUCAUCUUGCGUUGAAAAACGAAGCUCUGGAUCAUUUCCGCAAAACCAACGCCAUCAAGCCCACUGUCAAGUGGUUUAAGAACGCUAGGGUGAGCUCUGUACCGAUUGUCAACAUCGCCUCGAUGGUGGUGAAGACUUUCGUGUUGGUUGUAUUGGUCCUCGGUAUCGUUGUGGGAGCCAGAACGGUCACUUCCAAGGUUACCUUCGUCCUGGAGCACGAACUUUGUGCCGCUUCGGUUCGUUAUCGAUCCCUUCCUGCCCAUGAUCAACCCGCCUGUCUGACCCAACUUUCGGGUUACAUCCAUCUCUUUACCGCCCUUCUCCUUCCUCUCCCCUCAGUACAUCUGGAUCUUUACAAAUCUCUCCAUCUUAUUUCCGCCAACUACGCACCUCCUUCUGCCGACGAAACUCUGGAUCAUCUCACUUCUUCUGGGGAUCCUACAGGAUUGACUUCUUCUCAACCAGUUGCCGGCCCUUCGUCCUCUCCUCACACCCCCCUUCCUCGCAACAUCAUUCGUAUUCCUGCCUCGGUUUGUCGCCUUGGAGCCAAUUCCAACGCUUCCAUUGACUAG